AUGCGCCAGUACCCCGUGGGCUCCGAGCUCCACGGCUACAUCAUCAACGACGUGCUCCCCGUCCCUGAAUUUUCCCUCACGGCUGUUGAUCUCACCCACGUAAAAUCCGGAGCAAAGCACUUGCACAUCGACAGACGUGACAAAAACAACGUCUUUUCGGUGAUUUUCAAGACAAACCCACCGGACGCCACCGGCGUGCCGCACAUUUUGGAGCACACAACCCUAUGCGGGUCGUACAAGUACCCGGUGCACGACCCCUUCUUCAAGAUGCUCAACCGCUCGCUCUCCAACUUUAUGAACGCCAUGACUGGCCACGACUACACGUUCUACCCCUUCUCCACCACCAACAUGAAGGACUACGAGAACUUGCGCGACGUAUACCUCUCGUCAGUGCUCGAGCCUCUUCUCAAGGAGGAGGACUUUUUCCAGGAGGGCUGGCGGUUGGAGAACGAAGACCCUCAGGACGCUGCUUCUGCCUUGACAUUCAAGGGCGUGGUGUACAACGAGAUGAAGGGCCAGGUCUCGAACGCGUCAUACUACUACUACAUCAAGUUCCAGGAGGCCGUGUACCCGUCGUUGAACAACUCGGGUGGCGAUCCGACCAAGAUCACCGAUUUGGACUACCAGGACUUGGUGGAUUUUCACCGCAGCAACUACCAUCCGUCCAAUGCCCGUGUCUACACCUACGGCGACAUCCCGUUGCCGGACCAGUUAAAGUACCUCGACAGACAGUUUUCCACGUACGGCAAGCGUGCGGCAAAGAAUGACAUCCGCCAGCCUCUCGCGUUGACGGAAGACCGGUCUGUGGAGUUGGACGGUCCUGUGGACCCAAUGGCGCCGCUCGAACAGCAGCGCAAGACGUCACUCACGUGGUUCUGCGGCGCUCCUACCGACGUCUACGAAACCUUCUGUAUGAGGAUCUUGGGCACGUUGUUGAUGGACGGUCAUGCGUCGCCGUUCUACCAGCAGUUGGUCGAGUCCGGGUAUGGCACAGACUUUAGUGUGAACGCCGGCUUUGACUCCACCACCGCCCUCAGCUCCUUUACCGUUGGCCUCCAGGGCUUGUCCAAGGAAAACUCCGACGGUUUGCGGGCCAAGGUGGUGGCGAUCCUUCAAUCUGUGAAGCAAGAAUUGGUGGACACCAACGGUGCCGUGUUUGACAAGCGCGUCCAGGCGAUCCUUCACCUGAUGGAGUUGAGCAAGAAGGACCAGAAGGCGGACUUCGGGAUGGGGUUGCUCUAUGGGAUUGCGCCGACCUGGGCCAACGACAUGCACCCGUUCGAAAACUUGAAAUUUGACAAGAACGUCAAGAAGUUCAAGGCGGAGUACGCCCGUGGCGGCUUGUUUGAGCGCUUGAUCGACCAGUACUUGAUCGGCAAGCCAACCUUCACCUUCUCCAUGAAACCCAGCGGAAAGUUCAAGAGCGAUACGAUCGCGGAAGAAAAGCUGAGGUUGGCGUUCAAGGUUGCGGAGCUCAACGAAGAGGACAAGAAGGUUAUUUAUGACCGUGGUUUGGCGUUAUUGGCAAAACAGAACGAGGUGGAGGAUGUUUCCGUGUUGCCAACCUUGACCAUGAAGGACAUCCCGACGUACGGUGACUACCCCGCGAUAACCACUGCCGGGGAUGUAAGCCAGAGGAUCACCGAUACCAACGGGCUCACGUACUUCCGCGGGUUAAAGGCCAUUCCCCAUGUACCAGCCGAGCUUUAUGAGUUCUUGCCGUUGUUCACCGACUGUUUGACCAACCUCGGGACCAACACCAAGUCCAUGAGCGACCUCGAGAGCGACAUGCAGUUGUACACCGGCGGGUUGUCCGCCUCGGUUAGCGUCAGACCGGACCCAUACAGCAUCUCGGAACCAACGUUGCAGUUCUCCGUGUCGGGGAGCGCGCUCAACGGCAAUGUUGCCAAGAUCUUUGAGAUCUGGAGCGAGUUGUUGGUUGACACCAACUUCCGCAACGUGGAAAAGUUAACCACCUUGAUCAAGAUGAUGGGUUCCAACAAUAUCAGCUCCAUCGCAGAGGCGGGCCACUCCUACGCCCGUAACUUGGCGGCAUCUGAGCUCACGCCGGUCAAGAAGAUCCAGGACAAGCUCAGCGGGAUCAGCCAGAUCCAAUUCAUCCAGAAGUUGAACCAGUGGGUCGACAACGGCGAGUUGGAAACCCAGGUCAUUCCCGCGUUGGAGAGAUUGCAGCAGUUGCUCGUGGGCUCUGCCAACAUGAAGUUCCACUUGAUCCACGAGCAGGCGUCCAGUGCUUCGAACGAAAAGCUCUUGCGGGACUUUGUCAGCAAGUUGCCAUCGGAUGUGGCGGAAGGCCAGAUGAACGAGCUUGCAAAGUUUGCUGCCGACUUCAAGGCCCAGCAGCAGCUCGGGGUCAAGACGUUUGUGAACCUUCCGUUCCAGGUCAACUACGCCGCCAUGUGCUUGCCGGGCGUUCCGUAUGUGCACGACGACGGCUCUAGCUUGCAGGUGUUAUCCAAUAUGUUAACCUCUAAGCACUUGCACAAGGAAAUCAGGGAAAAGGGUGGGGCCUAUGGUGCCGGAGCAUCGUACGGAGGCGCCGACGGCGUGUUUGGCUUCUACACCUACAGAGAUCCUAACCCGUACAGAUCCAUCGAUCUCUUCCAAGCCUCCGGGGCCUACGCUGUGCAGGCGACGGAGUGGGACGCUGCAGCGUUGCAGGAGGCCAAGCUCUCGAUUUUCCAGGGCAUUGACGCCCCUACCAGCGUCAGAAAUGACGGUGCGAUCGAGUUCAGGGAUGGCAUCACGCCGGAGAUGAGACAAGAGAGAAGAGAGCGCUUGUUGGCGUGUCUGUUGGACGACGUGAGGGGUGCGGCCCAGAAGUACUUGAUCGAUGGGGGGGAAAAGAACGUGGUGAUUGUUGGUAGCAAGACCGAUGUUGUUGAUGACAGCUGGAAGGUGAUUGACAUGGCUGUUAAAGAGGGCUAA